CAGCGGGCGCACAGAGCAGCCUGAAAAUGGCACUCAUUUGGAUAUAUCCAUCCCUUUUCUUUCUUCUACAUUUGCUCGUACCAACACUGGCCUUAAGGAAUUACCCUGAAAACGAAGUGACAUUGCUGGACUCCAUGUCUGCGCUGGGAGACCUGGGCUGGGAAGCAUAUCCAGCUGAAGGGUGGGAGGAGAUUAGCGUGAUGGACGAGCGGAACACGCCCAUGCGCACCUACCAGGUGUGCAACGUGAUGGAGGCCAACCAGAACAACUGGCUGCGCACACGCCACAUCGCCCGCGACGGCGCCCAACGCGUCUACGUGGAGAUCAAGUUUACGCUGCGUGACUGCAACAGCCUUCCCGGGGUGCCGGGCACCUGCAAGGAGACCUUCAACAUGUACUACUACGAGUCCAACAACCCCAGCCUGUGGUACAUCAAGGAGAGCCAGUAUGUCAAGAUUGACACCAUUGCCGCCGACGAGAGCUUCACGCAGGUGGACGUGGGUGACCGCGUCAUGAAGCUGAACACGGAGGUGAGGGACAUCAGCAACCUGGGCAAGAAGGGCUUCUACCUGGCCUUCCAGGACGUGGGCGCCUGCAUCGCACUGGUGUCCGUGCGCGUCUUCUACAAGAAGUGCCCGCUCAGCGUGGUCAACCUGGCGCAGUUCCCGGACACGGUGACGGGCGGCGACUCAGCGCUGGUGGAAGUGCGCGGCGCGUGCGUCAACGACUCGGAGGAGGCCGAGCCGCCGCGCAUGUACUGCAGCGCCGACGGAGGCUGGCUGGUGCCUAUCGGCCGCUGUGCCUGCAAGCCGGGCUUUGAGGAGCACAAGAACUACUGCCAGCCCUGCAGGCCAGGCUUCUAUAAGGCGGAGGCCACGGAGACCUACUGUGCCAAGUGUCCCCCACACAGCUACUCCCGCCAGGAGAGAGCUGCCGAGUGCACCUGCGAGCAGAGCUACUACCGCGCCGACGGAGACCCACGCUUCAUGGCCUGCACACAGCCCCCCUCGGCCCCUGAGCACCCCAUCUCCACCAUCAACGACACCUCUGUCACCCUGGAGUGGAGCCCGCCGCGGGAGACUGGCGGCCGUGGCGACGUGGCCUACAACAUCCACUGCAGGAAGUGCUCAUCUGAUGGCAAGAAGUGCAGCCCGUGUGGCGGUGGACUCCACUUUGCACCGCGGCAGUUCGGCCUGUUGACGGCCAAGGUGCAGGUGACUGACCUGCUGCCGCACACCAACUACACGUUCAGCAUUGAGGCGGUCAACGGCGUGUCGGACCUCAGCCCCAGCCCCCGCCAGCAGGUCUCAGUCAACAUCACCACCAGUCAGACUGUGAGUGUGAUUCUGAAGGAGAGGAAGAGCAAGGACAGCAUCACGCUGGCCUGGCAGGGCCCAGACAGGACCAAUGGAGCCAUCGUGGAGUAUGAAGUCAUCUACUACGAGAAGAACCAACGUGACCAGAACUACACGGUUCUGAAGACCAAGUUCAACAUGAUGACGGUGGAGGGCCUGAAGCCGGGCACCACCUACGUGUUCAGGGUAAGGGCGCGCACUGACGGAGGCUACGGCAACUACGGGGGAGAGAUCGAGCUGGAGACUAGCCAUGAGGACAUGCUGGCCAUAGGAGACCCUAACCAGUCCACCAUCCUGGCCGUGUCUAUCGCUGGGGGGAUCGUGCUGCUCAUCUUCCUGGUGGCCUGUUUUGUCGUGAGUGGGAGACACUGUGGGUACAUCACCAAGCAGGACCCGGACGAAGAGAAGAUGCAGUUUCAGCAUGGAAGAGUAAAACUCCCUGGCAGCCGCACCUACAUCCACCCCCACACAUAUGAGGAUCCCAACCAGGCAGUGCGGGACUUUGCCAAGGAGAUUGACGCGUCCAGCAUCCGCAUCGAGCGAGGUCAUCGGCGCAGGGAGUUUGGUGAGUGGGUGUGCAGCGGCCGUCUCAAGCUGCCCAGUAAGCGGGAGAUCUAUGUGGCCAUCAAGAGCCUGAAGCGCAGGCUAACUCAGAGAAGCAGAGGCGGGACUUCCUGUCCGACGGCCAGCAUCAUGGGCCAGUUCGACCACCCCAACAUCAUCCGCCUGGAGGGCGUCGUCACCAGAUGCAAGCCAGUGAUGAUCAUCACAGAGUACAUGGAGAACGGCUCCCUGGACACUUUCCUAAAGAAACACGAUGGGCAGUUCACCAUCAUUCAGCUCGUGGGUAUGAUGCGUGGCAUCGCCUCGGGCAUGAAGUACCUGUCGGACAUGAACUACGUGCACCGCGACCUGGCUGCCCGCAACAUCCUGGUCAACAGCAACCUGGUCUGCAAGGUGUCCGACUUCGGCCUCUCCAGGGUCCUAGAGGAUGAUCCUGAGGCUGCCUACACCACCCGGGGAGGAAAGAUCCCCAUCCGAUGGACAGCACCAGAGGCUAUUGCCUACAGGAAGUUCACCUCUGCAAGUGACGUGUGGAGCUACGGCAUCGUCAUGUGGGAGGUCAUCUCCUAUGGAGAGCGGCCGUACUGGGAGAUGUCCAACCAAGACGUGAUAAAGGCGAUCGAUGAGGGCUAUCGGCUGCCAGCGCCAAUGGACUGCCCCCUGGUCCUGCACCAGCUCAUGCUGGACUGCUGGGAGAAGUGCCGUAACGACCGACCCAAGUUUGGCCAGAUCGUCAACACCCUGGACAAGCUCAUCCGCAACCCCAACAGCCUCAAGGAGCUGGCCAACAGCUCUGUGUGGGAGGACCCUCCGUCGCCUGAGUUUGCGGUGACCACGGUGGAGGAGUGGCUCGAGGCCCUGAAGAUGGGUCAGUACCAGGAUAACUUCACCAGCGCCGGAUACGUCACCCUGGACUCCAUCCUCUACAUCAGCAUCAGUGAGCUGGAGAAGAUGGGUGUGACGCUUGUGGGCCACCAGAGAAAGAUCCUGUCCAGCGUCCAGAGUCUACACACGCAAGGGACCCACGUGCACGUAUAACCCCCUCGUCCUCAUCCUUCUCCUCCCCUUCCUCUUCCUCCUCUUCAUCGUCCUCCCUCCACAGCCAGACAUAGAGAUUCAGAGAGAGAGAGAGAACGAGUGACAGAGAGAACCAGAAAGGAAAAGAAAACAUAAACGACGAGAACAGCAGCAGCAGCAGCAGUAGUAGAGAGAGCUGCAAGCAGGCGCUCACUAGGCUUCAUCAUGGAAACUCAGCACCCUCCACGCCGCUUCGUCCAUCUUGGAUGUCGGGUGUCGAUUUCAAGCUCCGUGCACCACGGCUUCCUUACCUGCACCUCCUGACCACACAGCCACUCGGCUCGCCACCACUCCAGAGGAGAGUGGGAGAAACUGAUCUACAUUAGGUCACCUCCCUCGCCUCCCAGACAGCAUGGCUCAGUGGCAAAUGAGAUUUAUGGGUUUUGUGUUGUUUUAUUUUGUUGUUGUUGUUGUUGUGUUAGUUUUAUGUUGUGUCUGUGUCUUAGAAAAAGUAAGUUGAGAAAAACAUGGCUUACAGAUAAAUCUUUGAACUCACAGCUCAUGUUUGUGCUCUACAAUGGGUCUGUUUGGUUGCUUUGGCUCUUAUUUUGUGGUUUGUUUUGUUGUCAUUUGCAUUUUUAAUUUGUCCAUAACAGUUAGUCAGGCUGGGUCCUCAUAUGAAGUCGCCCUGAGUCGUCAGAAGUGAAUCAUCUCCACUUACCCUUUGGUGUCCUGUUUUAAAUGGUAAUGAAUUGUGAAUGACAUAUGAAUUCCCAUCAGGUUUCAUUAUAACACGGGUAGAUGUAAGAGUGUCAGUGUGUGCGUGUGCGUGCCUGCGUGCGUGCGUGCGUGCGUGCGUGCGUGCGUGUGCGUGUGCGUGCCUGCGUG